GAUCCGCCCAAUUUCUAGAUCCUUCGGUGCACAUUUGGCUUUAUCCCAACGUCUGUUUAGUCCAUCGAAACUACGUUGUUUGUUAAAUUUUUUUGGCUUGGAGUGAUUGCUGAUACAAGACGGGAGAUCCUCCGAAAUGGAUGUGUGACUUCCAUCCACUUGUGUACUGUUGCAUGGUAUGGCUGUCAAAAGGGUACUGAAAAGAACUCUUUUACUUACAGGACUGGUGACCGUGUUCAGAACUAUGGCGUGGCGCUCCAGCGGCAAAACUAAUGUGGACCUUAUUGACAAUCUUGCAAAGAAUGAUAUUUUAAAGACUCCACGUGUCAUAGAUGUUAUGAAGAAAGUCGACAGAGGCCAUUUUGCCAAGUUCAAUCCCUAUAAUGAUUCUCCUCAGACCAUUGGAUACCAUGUGACCAUCAGCGCCCCACACAUGCAUGCCCACGCCUUAGAACUUCUAUCAGAUCACCUGGCAGAAGGAAAGAGAGCACUGGAUGUGGGAUCAGGGAGUGGUUACCUCACCGCCUGCAUGGCCUUACUGGUGGGACCCACUGGAAGGGCUGUAGGCAUUGAUCAUAUUCCAGAAUUGGUGUCAGAAUCCAUUGUGAAUAUCAAAAAAGAUCCCAAAUUAAUCCCACUGCUAGAGUCUGGACAGAUGAAACUUGUUGCUGGGGAUGGGAGACAGGGGUAUGCGGAGGACGCCCCUUAUGAUGCCAUACAUGUAGGGGCAGCUGCGGCAACUCUACCCCAGGCUCUGAUUGAUCAGCUGGCCCCAGGAGGGAGGCUAGUCAUUCCUGUGGGGCCCGAAGGGGAGAGUCAGAUGUUACAACAGUAUGAUAAAGGAAUGGAUGGCACAGUCACCAGGAGGAACCUGAUGGGGGUCAUUUACGUGCCACUCACUAGCAAGGACAAGCAAGUUUCCAGGUGGAAAUGAAUCAUCUUUUUUGCAUGAUGGAAUCCUUUCUUUUUAGGUGCUUAUGAAACUUGCAAU